CGCCACCACAGGCCGCCAUCAUCCCCGUGGACACGGGCAACGCGCGGGCGCCCGUGCGCCUCACGUGCCACGUGUGGGGCUUCUAUCCCCGCGACGUCACCGUCAUCUGGCUGCGCAACGAUGACAUUUUGGGGCCCGGCGACCACCCGGUCAUCGAGGCCACCUCCAACGGCGACUGGACCUACCAGACGCGGGUGACCCUCACGGUGGCCCCCAAGGCCGGUGACGUCUUCACGUGCUCCGUGCAGCACGUCAGCCUCGAGGAGCCCCUCUUGGUGGACUGGAGGCCUGGGUUGUCGCUGGCGGAGGCGCUGCAGGUUACACUCCUCUCCCUGGUGACAACUACCCUGCAGGCAGCACCUGAGGGACUCAGGGACCGACCCAUCCGGGUGCCCCAUGGACCCCCAAGCCCCGCGGUGGCACCAGGGACCGCGGCGGCCACCAACCAAGCAAUAAAGACACGUCGUGUCCUCCAGAGUGUCGUGGCAUUGAGGGGAGGUGAAUGGGACACGGGUGACAUCCCGGAGGGGAGGACAAGGGUCCCAAAGCGAUGUCCCUCCCCCCCCAACGGCGCCUCACGAACCGGGAUCUCUGCCUAG